AAAUGGUGCAGUAGUUAGGUGUACAAAUUUUUUUUUGAAGGAUCACUACUACGGCUCAAACAAGCCUGGGUCCAUGUCACUACCACCGAUGUCAGUCAAACAAAAAUAAUAAUAUAUGUUUUUAAGUUCCUCUAAUUUCAAUCUUCUAAACAACAACCCUAAAUCCUUAUCUCUAUCCUUGCGCUUGAUCCAGAUUCGGUUCUGAUUGGAGCUGCCAUGGAACGCAUCAUCGGCGGCAAGUACAAGCUCGGACGGAAGAUCGGCGGUGGUUCGUUCGGAGAGAUUUUUCUAGCUACGCACGUCGAUACCUUCGAGAUCGUAGCUGUUAAGAUCGAGAACAGUAAAACAAAGCAUCCUCAACUUCUCUAUGAAGCUAAGCUAUAUAGAAUUCUUGAAGGAGGAAGUGGAAUUCCGCGCAUAAAAUGGUUUGGAGUUGAUGGAACAGAGAAUGCUUUAGUGAUGGAUUUGCUCGGUCCAAGUCUCGAAGAUCUUUUCGUCUACUGUGGGAGGAAAUUCUCACCAAAGACAGUCUUGAUGUUGGCUGAUCAAAUGCUAACAAGAAUAGAAUUUGUACAUUCGAAAGGAUAUCUGCAUAGAGAUAUUAAACCCGAUAACUUCCUCAUGGGCCUAGGUCGGAAAGCAAAUCAGGUUUAUCUAAUUGACUUUGGACUUGCCAAAAGAUAUCGGGAUGCCAACACCAACCGCCACAUCCCUUACAGGGAAAACAAGAAUUUAACAGGAACUGCACGAUAUGCAAGUUGCAAUACACAUCUUGGAAUUGAGCAAAGUCGACGGGAUGAUCUAGAAUCGCUGGGAUAUGUGCUUCUGUAUUUCCUAAGAGGAAGUCUUCCAUGGCAGGGUCUUAAGGCUGUUGACAAGAAGCAAAAGUAUGAUAAAAUCUGUGAGAAGAAGAUAUCAACUCCCAUUGAGGUGCUAUGCAAAAAUCACCCUGUGGAGUUUGCAUCAUAUUUUCAUUACUGCCAUACACUGACAUUUGAUCAGCGCCCAGAUUAUGGAUUCUUGAAGCGGCUUUUUCGUGAUUUAUUUUCGCGGGAAGGAUAUGAGUUCGACUAUAUAUUUGACUGGACUAUCAUAAAGUAUCAACAAGCACAGAAAUCUAGAAAUCAGUCUCAGGCAGUUCCUGGGUCUAGCAAUCCUCGUGCAAUGCCAGUGGACACAAGCAAUCAUCGGGGAGGACCAAAUAUUUCUUAUGAAGCCGAGGCCUCUGAACGCGUCAGAUCGGCUAAUGCCAUUGGUCCAAGCCCACAGAUAAAUAAUAAUACUGCUGCAGGGAGGACUCCGGGGUUUGAUCACCCUGUCCACAAGAAUAUGAACAUGCCAUCCACUUCAUUAUCUCCUGCGGGUACCUCAAAAAGAAAUGUCGGACCCGAAACCUCAAAUUCUGGAUAUGGGAGUGGGAAUAGAACUGGUUGGACUUCGUCAUUCAUGUCUCCAGAGAAAUGAUGCAAAGAAAAUGUAGCUUUUUCCUGAAAUGGUGAGUGAGAUGAUGCGCUGUUAAUGUGACUCCGUGCCCUUAAUUCACCUCUGAAACUACAGCAGAAAUCAGAACUUGGUGUCACUAACACCUUUGUAUCUCCUCCACCUUUGGCUGGAAGAAAGAUGCAAUGGUUUCUAUGUAAAUUCUCUGAAGUGUGUGUGGACAAGAAGGCGUUGGUUGAAGCAUUUGUGUUUACACACACAAGACAUGAAAGUGUAUGUGUGCUUUUCAUUCAAAGAUUUCCCCCAACCUUUGUAUAAUUCUUACACCCGGAUGUGUAAUCUUGUUAUGUGAUUCAUACAUAUCAUUUUUAGCUACUCUUUGCUAUGUGAUCAAUGACCUUUUGCUGCAGCUUGAUAUAUGUAUACAUGUUAAUGGAUAGCGUCAUUCUUUGCAGAAAUCCAGAGCCAAGCUUGAGCUGAGAUGAGUCUUCAAAAGGCUUAGCAAUGCACAGGUUUCUUUCACAGACGCCCAAGUUCGAUUCUUAUUUUUGUGCAAUUGAUUUAUGAGGAAAGAUUUUGAGAGUCAACAUGGGAUUCAAAUAACUCGGAGACAGUGAGUAAGAAACUAUUCUGGGAGAGAAUAAAAUGUUUGAGAGCUCAUGAAGCCAGUUGAAAAACGAUUUGAUGCGCUCGGUCGGAGAAAUCAUCAUCAUGGAAGAGGCAGGUGACCAGGUGUAGGUUGUAUUUGUACAGCUGUAAUGGAAACCUAUCUUAGGCCAUAAGGGAAAAUCCAAUUUGUGUAAACUAAAGUAAGUUUGUCUUAAAUUUCUUCAUAGUGUUUAGUAAUUAGUAUCAUAUACUCUUCAAUAUUUGCUUUUAAAUAUUUCUGUUAUCUUUAUAUAUUGUGAAAAUUGAAAUCAAA